AUGAUGAUCUCUUCAAGCCUGCCAAUUGCCUCUAAACGUUUCGUUUUCAGAUUCAUUCAUACAAAUACCACAAACCCAAUCAUUUCAUAUGCACUUUCACUAAAGGAACCUAAAAAUGAUUGGACUAGAGAAGAACUUAGAUCUAUCUAUAAAACCCCGUUAUUGGAACUAGUACACCAAGCACAAUUGCAACAUCGCAGAUUCCAUCAACCAAACAAGGUUCAAAUGUGUACAUUAAUGAAUAUCAAGACUGGUGGUUGUACAGAAGAUUGUAAAUAUUGUGCUCAAUCUUCCAAAAAUGAUACUGGUUUGGAAGCGGAAAGUUUGGUUGAUGUAAAAUCCGUCAUCAACCAGGCUAAGGAAGCCAAGAAACAUGGUUCUACCAGAUUCUGUCUAGGUGCUGCAUGGAGGGAUAUGAAUGGCAGAAAAUCCGCACUUAAAAAAAUCUCUGAAAUGGUCUCAAAGGUUAAUGAAUUAGGGUUAGAGACUUGUGUUACUUUGGGUAUGGUGACUGAAAAACAAUCCAAACAGUUAGGUGAAGCUGGCUUAACUGCCUAUAAUCAUAAUGUGGACACUUCAAGAGAACAUUAUAAGAAUAUCAUCUCUACUAGAACUUAUGACGAUAGGUUGAAAACUAUCCAAAAUGUGCAAAAGAGUGGUGUUAAAGUAUGUACUGGUGGUAUCUUAGGUCUUGGUGAAAGUGAAGAAGAUAGAAUCGGGUUUUUAGAAACUUUGUCUAAUAUGAAUCCAUAUCCAGAAUCUAUACCAAUCAAUAGGUUGGUUCCAAUUGAAGGAACCCCAAUUGUUGAAGAAUUAAAUAAACCAGGUUUUAAAAAAUUGACACUUGAGGAUAUGUUGAGAACUAUAGCAACUGCAAGAAUCACUAUGCCAAAAUCCAUCAUUAGGUUGGCUGCUGGUAGAUAUACAAUGAAGGAAUAUGAACAAAUAAUGUGUUUUAUGGCUGGCUGUAACAGUAUCUUCUCUGGGAAAAAAAUGUUAACCACCUUGUGUAAUAGUUGGGAAGAAGAUAAAGCUAUGCUGGCUAAAUGGGGAUUGACUGUCAUGGAACCAUUUGAAAAUGAUGCGAAGAUAGAAUAA